CAUACAUAACGAAGCGGUUGGGAGAAGAUGAAACUGUUCGACGCGCACUGUCACCUUCAAGACCCGAGGAUUAUCACCAAAGCUCCUCAGCUCAUCUCUUCCGCCUUAGCUUCCGGCGUCUCUGCCUUUUCCGUCAAUGGAGUCUCCGAGAAAGAUUGGAAUUUGGUCAAAGAGAUGGGGGUUCAAUACCCUUCUGUUGUUCCCUGCUUUGGGAUCCAUCCAUGGUAUGUAGCAGAGAGGACUCCUCAAUGGUUUGAGACAUUGAAGAGUUUGUUUGAGACAACUCCUACAGCUGCUGUUGGAGAAAUUGGUUUGGACAAAGGGUCUAAGGGAAAGGAGAUUGAUUUCUCAGACCAGGUUACCGUGUUUCGUCAACAGCUCGAACUUGCAAAGGAAUUGAAUAAACCCGCAUCAGUUCACUGUGUCCGUGCAUUCGGGGACCUGCUCGAGAUAAUAAAAUCUGUGGGACCUUUUCCUUCUGGGGUCAUCCUUCACUCUUAUUUAGGUUCUGCUGAGAUGGUUCCUGAGUUUGCUAAGCUCGGUGCAUAUUUCUCCUUUUCUGGUUUUCUUAUGUCCAUGAGUGAGAAGAAAGCCAAGAAAAUGUUGAAAGCGGUUCCAUCUGAUAGGAUCUUACUGGAAACUGAUUCACCAGAUGCACUACCAAAGGCAGAGCCAGGUUGUCUCCACUUUGUAGAAGGAGAUCCUUCACUACCCGAAGAAGGAAAUUCAGCUCAGGACCUUGAGCCAGUUUCAAAUGAUAAGUCUAAUGCAUCUAGUGACUCAAUGAAGUUGCCGAAGGAAACACUUAAUCACCCGGCUAAUAUUCAUAUCGUACUCGAGUAUGUAGCAAGGUUGUUGGACAUGAAGAAGGAGGAACUCGCAGAGCUAAGCUUUCGGAAUGCUGUUCGACUAUUCUCUUAUCCAGGUUCCAAGAUGCUUCAUGAGUGAGGUGCUGCUGAUGUCUCUGGUCACAGUCAAAACCAGUCAACAACACAUGUAUCAUGAGUUCUUAAUAUUGUAGUGUUUCUCAUCACUCUGCUACGAGGCUUUGAAUUUGGACUUAUUGUACCAGUGCUUUUGGUAGUCUCGCUUCUCUUUAUACAAAGGUUAUUAAAAUAUUUGAUUUUGUGUGAUUUGGAAAAUGAUAUAAUUCUUGUAAGUAUAACCAUAUAUGGAUUCAUAUUGUCUGACUA